AUGCCUUUCCGUCAACACCUGGCCCGUCAUUUUGGCGAUGCGCUUGCACCCGAGAAAUCCUACCUCAGCUACUACGACGUCCUCCUCACCGGCGAGGAUAUCAAGUCGCUGAAGAAUGACUGGUUAACCGACAACAACAUCGCAUUCUGGGAGGAAUAUCUCGAACGCGAGACUCUCCCCCGGUAUCCCCAGGCCCGAAUCAUCCUCCUCCGCCCCAGUAUGACCUUCCUCCUCAUGAGAGAGCCCGAUAUGCGCCAGAUCCGCUCCGCGCUACCCAGCUUCUCCAAGGUCACGCACAUUUUCCUACCGAUCAACGACAAUCGCAACGUCAGUCUCGCCGAAGGUGGUAGCCAUUGGUCGCUCCUGCUCGUCUCGGCUCUUGAUGGAGUGGCGUUCCACUACGACUCCCUCGGCGGCGCAAACUACUCCGAAGCACGCCUCGCCACGCGCAAGAUGAGCGAAAUCCUCGGGCGACCGCUGCGAUUUGUAAAUUUGGAAGACUGCCCACAACAAGAGAACGGAAGCGACUGCGGAGUCUUUGUCUGCUUGUUAAUGCGACAUUUACUCGUGAAACGUCUUCUCAGUGCCCCCGCAAGGGAGAAGGUAUCUAUGAGCAUGGGCGGUAAGAUGGUUGAUAGUAAUGGCGGUCGAAAAGAGAUGCUCCACAUCAUUGAGAAUCUUCGAAAGGAGGGUGUGCGGCGACGAUCGCGAAGUGCUAGUCCUUUUUCAUCAUCCAAGACGCCACCGCGGAUCGAGUAG